AUGUCCCCGGGCUACGUUCCAGGCGCCGGCCACCACCACGGUGAACAGUUCUGGCAGAACGUGUCGUCUGCAGUUGGUUGCGACGGCGGUCACCUCGACUGUAUGCGUGAAGUCAACUUCUCGACGCUCACCAGCGCGUCCGAUGACAUCGUGGACACGUAUACGUACCAGAUGCAGCCGCGUGUGGAUGGUUUCAUCAUCCCGGACACGUACGAGGCCAACCUGUACCAGGGCCACUUCAACUUCUCGGGUCCGUGUGUGAUCUCACACGAGCAGCACGAGGCCAACUCGCAGGCGUACAGCGGCGUCGACACGCAGGAGGACGUGUCCACGUAUCUGCGCAUUUUCUUCCCCGCUAUCACGGACGAUGUGAUCGAGGAACUGCUGGAGCUGUACCCGGAGAGCGACUACGAGAGUGCUGGUCUUCGCUUCGCCGACAUGAAGCAGUCGUUUGAUCUGACCGGUAAGAACCUGGCAUUGACGCACGCCCUGAACAACCAGACGUGGAACGCCGAGGUCGCACUCGAUUCGGCCACGCACGGCACGGACCAGAGUUACUACUGGUACAGCACAUACACGCUGUCGACGUCGUCCAGCAGCUCGUCAGACACGACAACCGCGACCACUACGACGGCUUCGUCCGGUGCUUCGACGACCUCGCUCCACUGGCGGACCGGGCGGUGCUGGUGGUAUGGGCGGCAGCUCGUCGGUGAACGCCACGAUCGCCGUCAUGAUGCAGAAGUAUCUCCUCUCCUUCGUGCUUACCGGUAA